AUGUCAUUGUCUAAAGGCCAAGAUCACUGGUCUGAAGAAGACAUCCUGAUGUUACUGGAAUGCAUGGAGAAUAACCUCCCACCCAAUGACAAGCGAAAGUUCAAAACAACCCAGUCACAUAUGAACUGGGAGAAAGUAGCUUUCAAAGAUUUUUCUGGAGAAAUGUGCAAAAACAAAUGGUUAGAGAUUUCUUAUAGUUUGAGGAAGUAUCGCACUUUGAAAGAAUUAGUCCUGGAAGCCCAGGAACAUGUUAAAAAUCCCUUCAAAAACAAAAGAUUCAAGAAACAUCCAGACAUCCCCAAGAAGCCCUUGACUGCUUAUUUCCACUUCUUCAAGGAAGAGUGUUCCGAGUACUCCCAAAUGUACCCUGAGCUGAGCAAACAGGAACUGACCAAGGUUCUAGCCAAGAAAUAUAAAGAACUUCCAGAGCAGAUGAAACGAAAAUAUAUUCAAGAUUUCCAGAAGGAGAGACAUGAAUUUGAAGAAAAACUGGCUCAAUUCAAGAAAGACCACCCUAAUCUAAUCCAGAACCCCAAGAAAUCUUAUGCCCCAAAGAAGCAUCAAACUCAAACCCUAAUGAGUUCUCAGAGAAAUAUGAAAGACAUAGGGUCCUCUCUGGAAACUGGUGACUUCUCCAAGGAAAUUAGAUUUCACGGAGAGCCCAAGAAGCCCCCCAUGAAUGGCUACCACAAGUUCUACCAGGAUUUGUGGUCGAGUAGGGAGCUGCAACAUGUGCCCAUGAGAGAGCGCAUGGUGGAGAUUGGCAGACGCUGGCAGCACAUCCCACAGAAACUGAAGGAUCAUUAUAAGAACCUGGCUGAAGAACUGCAGAAACAAUACAAGGUGGACCUGGAUCUCUGGCUCAAGAGCCUAUCUCCUAAGGAAUAUGCAGCAUACAAAGAGGCAACCUAUGCUAAGCGCAAGAACAUGAGCAUGAUGGGAGGCCCAAAUCCCAAAUGCAGACGGAUGUCUCUGCAGUGUCCAUCAGUGCACAGCUUACAAGAAGAGCUUGGAGAUGAGCUGGAGCUUCAGGUUACAGGCACAGAUUCACCAGAGACUGUUCAAGUUAAUCAUCAUCCUUCAUGGGGUUCAGCAGAAAAUAAGGAAGAUAGGGAAGAGAAGGAAGGUAGUGACUCCUCAGACUCCAGCAGUGAGGAUGAGGAUAGAGUUAAUGGGUCUAAAGAGAGCGACUCCAGCUCUUCUUCCUCAGAAGAAACGGACUCUAGCUGA